AAUGGACUGAAGUGUUAUCCACUCCAAACCUACAUUUAUCGACUAAAUCGUACACGUUUUGUUCCUUAUCUAAAAUUCACAGUGCAUCCGGUUUACCAGGGAGCAGGCUACUAUAUUUCUACCAAUCGUCGCUGAUAUAUUAUAUGCCUGGACGUUCAAGCGUCCAGGAAAUGAUUUGUGUGUGUGUGAAAGUUUUAUUUGUAAUUUCCUGUAUGUCCUGUAUUUGUCCUAUGUGUAUACUCAACUGCUGCUCAUGUCACCUACCAGCAGACUCAUUUAACAACGUAAACCCGCCUUGGAUGAUCGACCGACCCUACUUGCCAGCAAUUUUUUUCUCAUUUGACAAAGACGCUCCUCGAUCGGAAAAAUUGAGAAUGUCCAAAUUCAGUUACAUCUCAACUCCCAACCCGAAUCAACAACAGUACAAGUCCAUCGUAGAUGUUCUCAACGAGAGAACUAAGUCUACUCCAGAUAAAGAAAUAUGCAUACACAGGUUACCUGAAGGGGGAAGGAAAACUCUCACUUAUGACGAACUGACGCGGAAAUCUACAAAACUUGCUAAGUAUCUGGUAUCUAAAGGGAUAUCAGUCGGAGACAGCAUUGCUAUUAUGGGAUCAAAUACUCUGGAAUGGAUCGUUGGUGAGUUCGCCAUUUUUAUGGCUGGUGCCGUGGCUGUCCAGUGUCAGGGAACCUGUGCAGAAUUCAACGAAACUGUGAGUCUAUUGAAAGCUUCCAAAUGCAAAGCUGUUCUGCUCGAUCCACAGCCUGAUCCUGUUUACCAGUCGGAGAUGGAGCAAUUCUUCCAGGGAAAGGAAAUGCAAAUCCAAGGUAGAGAAAAUCCGAUGGUUGUACUACUUGGCAAUUCUGCUGGUGUUAAUUUACCUAAUAUUGGCGAUAUACUCUCCUCAGAGGAAGACCUUACUGUGACAAUGCCUAGAAUUCAACCGGAAAGUUCAGCUCUUAUUUUCACGACCUCUGGGUCGUCUGGUGUUCCAAAAAUGGUUGAAUUUACGCAUAUGGCAAUAACGAAUUCACCAAGGGCAAAUUUUUUCUCUAAAGAGAAUGAUAUCAUUUUCUCAGAUAGACCAUUUUCUUGGUUAGGGGGAACUCCAAUCUACAGCAUUUUAGGAGGAUUUUCUCGAAUUUUCACAGAUCCAAAAAUUAUUCUGAAAGAGGAGAAAAUUCAAAAUGUUUGGGAAAUCCUGAAGAUGGAAAGGUGUACUAUUGCAAAUCUUUUCCCGUACGCUCUGAAAGAUCUUCUUGACAAUGAAAAGGAAGUCCUGAUGACGGAAUUCAAACCUAUUUCGAUUGCCACCGGUGGCCAAAUACCUGGAAGUCACCUGAAUGCCAUUUCUGGAAAAUUUUGUGAAAAUAUAUACAGUGUCUAUGGAAUGACAGAAACAGGUAUCGCAACAAAGGUAUUCCUGACAGCGGAUACAGAAGUAGGGCACGUUGGAGAAAUGGUACCUGGAUAUGAAGCCAAAAUUAUUGGAGAUGACGACAAAACUUUGAACUGUGGUAACAUUGGUGAAAUUGUCUUACGAUCUCCGUGGAUGUUGAAAGGAUAUAGGGACUCUCCAGAAUUAACCAAGGAUUCCUUCACUGAAGGAGGUUGGUUCCGCACUGGUGAUAUUGGAGUACUCACUGAAGACGGAAAGUUGUUUGUUAAAGGAAAGGCAGCAGAUGUUAUAAAAAGAGGAACAUGUAAGAUUCUGAUCAGCGCUGUGGAGAUGGCAAUUAGUAAUUUCCCCGGGAUAAAAGAGGUUGUCGUGGUAGCAGUACCGGAUGUACGUCUUCUGGAAGAUGUCUGCGCAUGUGUUAUCUUGGAGGAUGACGCCAAUAUUACAGAACAGGAGUUACAAAAAAUGUGUCGUGAUAAGCUUGGAGAUAAUGUUUUGGGAGACUCCCCAACGUUUUUUCUAAUGUUUCAAACAUUCCCGUCGUCUAAACAACGGAAAAAUGAAUAGAAUUAGUGUAAAACAACAAGCCAUGGAAAUGCUGAGCCUCUGCUGAAAAUAUACAAACUGUUUCAGUUUUUCAUGGAUGUGACGUCAUUCCAUGAAUUGCUCAUCGAUGCCUUAAGAACGUGGUGCAGAAAUCCAUUUAUCUUUUAUACUGUACAAUAUUUACAUUUGGCACCAGUCUCCCAUUGCCUCAGUGUUAAUCUAGGCUGCACCUAUGAGCGUAUAAAGGCAUUCGAGAUCAUAAUGAGAUGUUUGAUCAACAUGAUGGAAAUGUUGAUCAUUGUCUGAUUGUUUGCGAUUCAAUCAUAGAAAGGAAGUUGAUUUGAAAAUGCUAUUCUUUCAAACCAAUACACAAGGACAUAUAUGAAAAUAAAGAAUGUAUUUAUUCAAGAUAGGUAGAGUUUAAUAUAAGUAAAUGUAAAUAUAACUACUCAGUAUUAAACGCUUGUUGUGUUUAUUGUCAAUAUAGGACGCCAUGAAUAUUCAUCUGUCACCCAGAUUGCAUGUAUAUCGACAAUAAAUACAAUCUAACAAGCGUGUAAUUGUUAAAUAUAAGCAUUUAUACAAAGAAUACUAAAUCAAAUUAGAUAAACGGAAAGGCACAAAUGACUUGUGUUUUGCAUAAAUAAAUCUUAUACAUGUAAGUCUGUUUAACUAUUAGAGCAUGUUUUACUAUUUUCAGAUAAUUCAAAUCGCCUUGCGUCCGUGGUCCGUCCGUCCAUCCGUCCGUAAACAAUUCUUGUUAUCGCAAUUUCCCAGAAAGUACUGAAGAGAUCAUUACAAAAUUUCACGUGCACCUUCCUCCUGUAACGGUUAUCGUCCGUCAACUUUACCUACUCUCACUGCGUGUGAAUAAGACCAACUAUAUUUAUGUUAUUAAAUCAUCUUUUUUAUAUUCAUCUAUUCCUAAUAUUCGCCAAACAAAUACUACUAUUACAUGUAGUUCGUAUUUAUAAGUAUACGAACAUAUUUAUUUGUACUGUAAAUGUGUCUAGCUAGUACACAUGUUUAUAACGAAUACGUCUAUAACGUACGGUCACGUAGGUCAACGUUGUUGAUAUUUACAGAAGUUAAUAUUUACCUAUAAUCCUGUUUAUAAGCUUCCAGAGUUACAUGAUUCAUUUCCUGGACAUCUUAUACUCAUCAUUAAUAUUGUAUGAGAGAUAAUUACUUUUUAUGUAUAAUAUAAUACAUUUUCACUGUGUGAAAUUUCGUGCGUGAGCGUUGAAAAAGGAAAAUUCAAAAUGCUCUUGUUUCGGAUUUUUACUAUAAAAGGGACAGAGAUCGUCUGCUCUUGGCCAUAUUUAGUUGAGCCGUCUACCGAGAAGGUAGAGAGAGAGACAGACUAUAACCUGAUAAGCUCAUAUUUCCAUAUACAUAAUGGAACCAGAGAUGGUAAGAGUCACAUGGUUAUAUCCCUUGACUAAUCUAGAGUAGUCUAGCCCAUUUUAUUGAGGCAAUCUAUAGUAACUGUUAGUUCGAGUAGCUCCGUACGCUGAGCAAACUAUCUUUAGAUAUCUGUGUACUAGAACAAGUGUGAGUGUAUGUAUUGAAAACCCAACUCAUUAUAAAUAUCAUUGAAAAUUCAUUUAUUAAAUUGUUAAACUUAAAUCAAA